UCGUUGCGGUUAUUUUUUUUGUAAAUAAUACCGUAGAAUAAUGUGUAAUAACUUUAAUAUAUUUUUAAAUUAACUCUACAGUAAUAUGCUAAUUAAGAGGGUUUUAAUAACCUGUGGUUUAGCAACUGGUCUUACUUUCUCAGUUUAUUCAAUUUUUAUGAAAUUCCGUGGUCUGUGGUGUAGAGGUCACGCGGAUCAAGUUCAAAAUAAGGCGCAAAAAGUGUCGGAAAAAAAUAAAAUGUUGAAAUCUAGUAGAACGGCAAAACCACUUCGUAUGUGGAUAGAUGGAAAAUGUUUCAAUAUAAGAAAAUUUAAGAGGAAUACAAAGAAGACAAGUCAGCGAACUAUUAUUCACGCUGAUUUUAAAAAUCAAACUGUGUCGAAGGAAGUCGAUAUUGUUGAUGUUGAAUAUAAAAAUGAAAUAGAUAUUGUAACGGACGACAAUGGGAAAGUAUCUCUUAGUUUUCACUUGCCAUCUAUAUAUUACAUAAAGUUACAUCAGUUUACUGAGUUUGACAUAAAACAUUUGUCCGAUAAAACUCAAACAAAUAUUUCGUGGCCAAGGCAUGGACAAAACGGUAAAUUAUCUAUCAACGGCCACGACAAGAAGAACAUCGAAGACGCAGUGAAUGAAAUUCAUUCAGUAAUCGGAGCUAUUAGAGAACAACUUACUGCCGCCCAAUUCAUAUCAAUUCCUAUAUUAAGUAAAGAAGUUCAAACAAAUUUUGAGAAAUUCAAGGCUGAAAUACUGAAUGGAGAAGAAAUAAAAGGGAUGCACGAGUCUAUUUUUCAGAGUCCUCUGAAGUUGCAUCUAACAAUAAUUGUUUUUGCUCUUUCGGAUGAAAGAGAGAAAGCAGAAGCAGUGAAAGCUUUGGAAGAAUACAAAGACACGGUUUUGUGUCCACUGUUGGAAAAAACGGGACCCCUGAGACUACGUGUGGAAGGAAUUGACUGCAUGCAAAGUAAUUAUAAAAAAACAGACGUGCUGUUUGCAAACGUAAAGAUAAUCAAUGAAACAGAUGAAGGGAAUUUGCAAAAAAUAGCGAACGACAUCGCCAACCACUUCUAUGAAAAAGGGUUGGUGUUGAGACAUACGGAAAACGUCAAACUGCACAUGACAUUGAUAAAUACAAAGUACAGGAAAAGUCCAGACAAUCCGAGUCCUAGUCGUAAGAGGUGGGUCAAAAGGGAGAGUUUUGACGCCUCUCUAAUAAUGCAGAAGUACAAAGAUUUCGUGUUCGGUGAAUGCGAUUUGGACAGCAUUCACCUCUCUCUGAUCUCAACUAAGGGAGAAGACGGUUUCUACAAACCGCUGUCCAUUAUUAAAAUAUAAAGCAAUAUCGUUUUGUGAUUUUAGAAAGUGUGAAAUUUUAUCGUAAAUUUGUGAAAUAUAUUUCUUAUUUUAUUCCA